UCGAUUUUUGUUGUAUACUUUACUCCCGAUAGUGGCGCUGCACAGUUUUUAAUACAAAUUCUGUCGAUGACAAUCCGAUAGCGGUUGUCACAAAUAUUCGUGCUAGGGUCACAGUCACAGCUCAAUAUACAAUGCAUUUAUUCAUGACGCAUACAUGAGUAUUUGUAGCAUGUUCCAAUAAUUUUAAACAAUAUUUUCCUAACAGGACCGUGCCCCAGAAAAUGAAUAAUGCGUAAAGUGUUCAUGCUAAAUAAUUUCAGCGAAAAUGAAGAAAGUCCGAGAUUUUCAGGAGAUAUAAUACAAAAUUUGAGACGCGCAAUUCUUGUCCCACCUGAAUAUAAAACAAAUAUACAACAGGCAUUACAAAACGUUGAUUUCAAAUUUCAUAGAAGAUGCAGUUACACCAAUCUUAUAAGGGAGUGUAAUGUAGCAGAAGGACAGACGUUGCUGAUUUUCUGGGGCUACGGCACCUCUGACAGCGGAAUAACGAUCAUGUCAACUUCCAGCAGUACCUCGAACCUCAUGUCACCGGGAGCGCAGGGCAACCAGCAGUUGCGCUCCACGGGCCAGCAGACGGACAUCACCUGCGGCUACUCCAGCUUCGCCUCGCCAGUGGUAGUGGGCGAGGCGGAGUCGCAGCGCGCGCUACGCGAGCGGCUGGCGGACUCGCUGACGUUCGCCGCGCCGCCCUCCCCCCCGCCUGCGCGCCGCUCCGCCUCCAUCCUGGGCUCCGUAUGCGCUCUGCUGCUUAGGAAACAGGUCGGCACCGAAGAGGCGAGCGUCGCGCGCAGCCGGCAGUCGGGCAGCAUCUGCCGCAUCUGCUUCGGCGGCGCGUCGCGCGAGCGCCUGGCGCGGCCGUGCGCGUGUCGCGGCACCGUGGCCGCCGUGCACCGCUCCUGCCUCGAGCGCUGGCUGCUGCAGGCCGCCACCUCGCACUGCGAGCUGUGCCGCUACCACUACGUCGUCACCAGGACGCACAAAUGGUCGUGGUGGCGCGCGGCGCUGGCGUGGGCGCGAGGCGGGGGCGCGCGCGCGUUGCUGGCGGACGCGAGCCGCGGCGUGGCGCUGGCGGCGGGGGCGCUGCUGGGCACGGCGCGGGCGCUGCGGGCCUGCGACGCGGCGCUGCAGGCGGGCGCACGGCGCGGCGGCCUGCCCGCGCUCGCCGCCAACGUCUUCUCCUCGCUCCUCAUAGGACUCGUCGGCGCGCUGAACGGUCUGCUGACGACGUGGAUGCUGCUGAAGGUGCAGGAGCACCAGGCGGCGUGGCGCGCGUGGCGCGACAGCACGCUGCACGUGCACGUGGCGCUGCCCGACGCCACGCCCGCGCCCUCGCGCCCGCUCUCCACGCGCGCCUCGCACGUCUCCGCCGACGUCUCGCGCGCGCCCACGCCCGCGCUCUCGCCCGCGCUCUCGCAGGCGUCGUCUGCGGCCACCCCGCCCCCCGCCCGCAGCCACACCGCCCCGCCGCUGCCGCUCGACGCCCCCAUGUAA